CAAAGGACGUGGCAUUAAUAUCUAACAGGCAUGUGAGCCGACGAACAGAUCAUCAUCUUAAACUAUCAUCGUUCACAUCACUGCGAUGGACGGUGUGAAGAGCAAGAACACCAAGACGGGCAAUCAGGCCUGGAGAAGGAAGCCUCGCAAGUUCGCUCCAAAGUCAAGACUAGGCUGUAAGACUUGCAAGAUAAGACGAAUCAAAUGCGAUCAAUCUCGGCCUUCAUGCUUGAAAUGCCGUUCUACCGGUCGCACCUGCGAUGGCUAUAGUGAAAUGCACCUCACUUUGAAGACUGAGAUUGAAUUAUCUUCGGAUCACAAGAAGAUCAAGGGCCGCGCGAACAGCUGCAAUAGUGACCACGCCUGUACCACGAUCAGUGCGUACGAGUCAAAGCAAUGGUACUUGAAUUACCAUGGCCUUAUUUUGCAGAAUCUCGGAUCCUUUAUGAUCUUACCCGAAACUCGGUCAAUCGAGGCAGAGGCAAUCUGCUUUUUCAAGGAUAUUUCGAUCAAGCAUCUGAAUGAAUAUCGACCUUGCGAACCAUGGCGGAACACUCUCAUGUUCUUGUCCCAAACAGUGCCAUCAGUGCGGCAUGCUGCUAUUGCUCUGGCCUUGAUUCACCGAAAUUACCUGGAUCGUCAUUCUAACAGUCGAGUGUAUCAACUGCCUUUCUUGAAAGAACGGCUACCGGAUAAGGCUCCUUUACUUCACUAUAACCGUGCCAUUCAGCUUCUUCUGAACCCGGAAAGUGGUGAUGGCACUAAAACAAUAGCUGUCACGCUUUUGGUCUGUUAUCUCUUUACUUGCUUUGAUCAUCUGGCAGGCGACGACGUACAAGCAGUAAAACACCUACGUGGAGGUGUGGCGCUCUCACGCACCAUCGACGGCAUUACAUUGAAGAACCGUACCAAUGAAGAUGCCCAAUCCUCUGAUGUUUACGCGAUUAUCUGCCAGGUUACCAAGCAGAUUCGCCGUCUUGACAUGCAGGCCGUCAUGUUUCUGGUCGACUGGACCCCAGCCAACAUCCAAGAGACAUCUAUGUCCCAUCUUGCACUCGUCAACAGUACCUUUGAGUCUCUCGACCAAGCUGCCGACCACCUCCAGAUUCUCGUCGCUCAGGCAAUAGGACUCCGCAACACAGAGCAACAAAUUUCCCCGACAGGUACGAUGUCGCCGUUCUCUUCCCCACUCAAGAACAUCGUUCUCGGGCAGUUAGAAACGUGGUCGAGUCUUUUCGAAAACUUCGUACAACAACCCAGCCCCUCUGAGUCAGACAUUGAAACUGACCCCCUCGUAUCACUCCUGCGCUUGCAACAUACUAUCACAUGGACUCUCCUCAGUGGUUACGGACCUGGCAGAGAAAUGGACUAUGACAACUUCCUGCCCCAGUUCCAGCAAUGCGUCGCAUUGGCGAGCGAGGUAGCGGCGGCGCAUCAGCGGUUUUCAGGGUCUUCAAGGUCGACCUUUACGCCGGAGAUCGGAUUUAUCCCCGCCCUUUACAUAAUUGGGGUCAAGUGCCGGCAUCCUAAUGUCCGUCGUGAGGUCUUGAGUAUUUUGCGAAGGCAACCAAUACGGGAGGCAAAUUGGGAUAGCAUCUCUACUGCCAAGAUUGUUGAGAGGGUUAUCGAAAUUGAAGAGGCUACGACUGGGGAAGAGCAAAUUGUACAGUUCAUGGAACAAGUCCCCGUAUGGCAGAGGAUCGAAGCAUUGUCCUAUAUCCAUAUUCAAGAGGGAGAGUCUGCGGCCAGGUUGGAUAUUACGUAUACAUUCUGUGCCCAGGAAGGAAUACACGUUGAGUCCCUCAUAGUACAGUAGAACGGAUAGAGAGUCUAAUUAUGUCAAAUAUUCAAUAACAGAGAACAGGCUGUGUUUAAGAGCCAAAGAGAGACUGAUUCCCGUCUGUACUUGUGAACGUAGCCAGUCUAUAUCCCAGACAUUAUCAUCA